AAUGUGUGCCGCUUGCUGACGGCCGAACUUUCGUCUACCCGUCCCUUGACUUGCCGUAGUUUCCCAACGAGUUUUAAGGAUAAGGAAAAAAUCGGACGCUGUUGAAAGUUAUUUUCGCACCAACGUAACACAAUUAUCGGCAGAUCCAACUGCAUAUUUAGUUUCCGGAGCUCACAAUUUCGAUAUCGUUUCCUGUUGAGCUACCACGUCUACUGAAGAGUUUCCAGUUGCGAAUUUCAGUUGGACGAUUGUUUUGUGUUGAAGGCAACUGGAAUCAAGCUAUCUUUCGGCAGUCAAACCCGCUAGCGUCAGAUAUCCAUAACAGUUAAUGAUUUUAAACCGUUAGCAAAUGCUAACCUCUCUUUCCUCGCACGAAACAAUACGUUGUCCUGAAGAAGUGCGAGUGUGUGAGGACAUUGGCCACUAUCGUUGGACCAACUAGACAUUUCGAACUUUAGUCUUGUUUGUGUCCGCACAGAAACCAUGGCGGAAACAUCGCAGUUUGGGGGAGGCAGUUUUACCUGCACAGUGAAAAAGGCAAACAGUCUCAACGCGGCAUCAAGUAACGUUACAAAUUUGAGACGGAAAGUCCGCCAGUCUCACAGAAGAAAUAUACAUAAUCGGGUGGUCCUGGAGAAAGUCCUCGGCAUCACUACAUCUAGCAGUAGCGGUUUGGCCUGCGAUCCCAACACUGGUCUGGUCGCCUAUCCAGCAGGAUGCGUUGUAGUUAUCCUGCAUCCAAAGAAGAAUAAGCAGAGUCACAUUCUCAAUACAUCCAGGAAAACCUUCUCUGCCUUGGCCUUUUCUCAGGAUGGAAAAUAUCUGGUCACCGGUGAGAGUGGGCACAUGCCGUGUGUGCGCGUGUGGGACGUGGCAGAGCGUGCACAGGUGGCGGAGGUCCAGUGCCACAAGUAUGGUGUGGCCUGCGUGGCCUUCUCUGCCAACGGCAGCUACAUCGUCUCCGUGGGAUACCAGCACGACCAGACCGUCAACGUGUGGGAGUGGAGGAAGGGAACUGUUAUUGCAUCAAACAAGGUUUCCAGUAGAGUGCUGUCUGUCUCCUUCUCCGAGGACAACAGCUACUUUGUCACCGCCGGCAACAGACAUGUCAAAUUCUGGUACCUGGACGCUUCCAAAGAGAGACGGGUGAACAGCACGGUGCCCCUGAUUGGCCGCUCAGGCUUGCUGGGAGAGCAGCGAAACAGCACGUUCUGCGGCCUGACAUGCGGCCGCGGCGCCAUGGCGGGCAGUGCCUACUGCAUCACCCACACAGGCCUGCUGUGCCUGUUCAACAGCAAGAGGCAGCUGGAGGCGUGGGUUGACCUCAAGACCUCUUCGGCACGGUGUCUGUCUGUGAGUGAGAACUAUGUGUUCUGCGGCUGUGCUGACGGGAUGGUGAGAGUGUUCCGCCCUCAAGACCUGCACUUCAUCACCACCUUGCACCGCCCACACAGACUCGGAGUGGACAUCACACAGGGCGUCCAGCCAGGGCACUUGUUCACCACAGACCUCAGCGCAGAGUACCCAGACACGCUGGCCUUGACCUAUGACCCUGUCGCUCGGCACCUGACCUGUGUGUAUAACGACCACAGCGUGUACGUGUGGGACGUGCGUGACAUCAGGAACGUGGGGAAGGUGUACUCGGCCCUCUACCACAGCGGCUGCGUGUGGAGUGUGGAGACGUACCCUGAGGUGGAAGCCCCACAUGCAGCCUGUCUGCCCCCCAGCUCCUUCCUCACCUGCUCGUCUGAUAACACCAUCCGCCUGUGGCACCUCGACCCCCAGCAGGGUUCCACACAGACCCAGGGCUCGGGCCUGCCCACCAGCCUGCACCGCAACCUCUAUAGUCAGGACCUGAUGAGGAUCGUGUAUGUGGGGGAGGACACCCAGCAUCUGCAGUCGGAGGGGGAGCGGGCUGAAGGGGGCUCUCUGGACGGGAAGUCCGGGAUAAGGGUUCUGGGCAUCAGUCCAGACGGCCAGCACCUCGCUGCUGGAGACCGUAAUGGCAGCCUGCGGAUCUUUGAGCUGCAGUUUCUAGACGAGAUCGCCAAGAUUGUGGCCCAUGACUCCGAGGUGCUGUGUCUGGAGUUCUCUCCCAUGGAAACUGGUCUUCGUCUGCUCGCAUCGGCCAGUCGUGACCGUCUCAUCCACAUCUUCAACGUGGAGAACAAUUACAACCUGGAGCAGACUGUCUACGACCACUCUGCCUCCAUCACUGCCAUUAAGUUUUCAGGUGACCGUUCAGAUGUGAACAUGGUGAGCUGUGGGGCUGAUAAGAGCAUCUAUUUUCGCACAGCCGAGCAGGCAGCAGAGGGCCUGUCCUUUUCCCGGUCGCACUACGUGGCAGAGAAAACCACCCUCUACGACAUGGACCUAGACGCCACAGGCGGUCAGGCAGCCAUCGCCUGCCAGGACCGCAACGUCAGAGUAUACAACAUCAAGAGUGGCAAAAUGAUGAGGUGCUUCAAGGGCUCCCUUAGUGAAGAAGGCACUCUGCUGAAGGUCCAGAUGGAUCCUUCUGGAGUCUACCUGGCCACCAGCUGCUCUGACAAGAACAUCAGCAUCUUUGACUAUGAGUCUGGAGAGUGUGUGGCCAGCCUGUUUGGGCACUCUGAAAUCGUGACGGGCAUGAGGUUCAGCCAGGACUGCAGGUACCUCAUCACGGUAUCUGGUGACAGCUGUGUGUUUCUGUGGCGCUUGGACUCUCAGAUGACCAACUCCAUGAGGAAGAGGCUGGCGGAGAAAAGGGAGAGGGCAGGCCUUCGGAACGCCAGUGCUGCCAGUCAACAGCAUAUGCUCCGGAGGGAGACCUACAUCACUGUGCCAGCAGUGCCGGAUAUAGCCCAGGAGAAGGGUGAGGAAGAGGAUGAUACGGCCUUGUGUGAAGAAGAGCCACGCACCCCAGCUAGGGUUGACACAAAUCCGGAGGUUGCUGACCCGCUGCUGCUGCAGACCAAUGGCAGAUUACCCAUGUGGGCUCGCAAACUGGCUGCAGUGAGCUCUGCUGGUGCGCCAGGCCCUGCUGCUUCUGCUGGCACCACCGCUGCUGCCGCCGUCGCCCCCUCUGCAUUGGGCCCCUACCAGCCACGGGGCCGCUGGGCCGAGCAGUCGGACCCCCAGGCCAUCCGCUCUCUCCUGGAGACGCGCAGCCUGCAGCUGGCCCUCACGCCCAGCCCCCAGAGAGCCGACGGGGGAGGAGACGCCGAGGAGGAGGCCGACGACUCCCACUUCCACCCCCAGAGCCUGGACAGCCUCAUGGACGAGGAGGAGGAGGAGGAAGAGGAGGAGCCAGAGGAGGAGGACGAGAAUGAGAAGAGCUCAAGCGGUCACUUUCAGGCGGGUUUUCCGAGACCUGGCUACCUGCCACUGCCGGCUGCGGGGGAUCUGUUUGGCCCUGGACGCGACUCUCUGGACAGGAACGACUACAUCCUGUACCCGGCCAACAGCACAGCGCUGUCAACAGGGGGAGACGGGGACUUUGACGUGAAAGCUUUAUGUGAGGUGGGAGAGGAGCUUAGUCCAGACAGUGCCUGUUGCGUGGGCUCAACGGAGAGCCGGGGGUCCAAUCAGGAGCCAGCGAUGGAUCCAGACACAGACUCCCUGAGCCAGGUGAGCUCCACGGGCAGCUCUGGCGUGGAGGAAGAGGAGGAGGAAGAGCCAGAGACACUCUUGCGCCAGCAUUUUGACACACUGGCCAACAGCCUGUCCAGCGAUGCUGAGAAGUUUGACACAGACCCUCGCAGUCUGCAGCCGGCGUCUGACAGCAACUUCCUCAACCCGCGUCUGAGCAUCUCCACACGUUUCCUGUCUCGCUUCCAGAACCGCCUGCGAGGCGUAGGCUGUGGUGCGUCUGCCCCCCGGCCUGCUGCACUGCCCCCCAGCAUCGCAGAGGAGGCCUCUCCUGGAAGCAGCCCCACUGCCCCCCGGCCUGCUGCACUGCCCCCCAGCAUCGCAGAGGAGGCCUCUCCUGGAAGCAGCCCCACUGCCCCCCGGCCUGCUGCACUGCCCCCCAGCAUCGCAGAGGAGGCCUCUCCUGGAAGCAGCCCCACUGCCCCAUCUGCCCCCCAGGUCUCUAUGAAGAUUCAGCAGGCUGGUGAGAGUGCUGUUGAGCCUCCCACGCUGGCUGAGGAGGGCAAGAGCCGAGCUGAAGCUGUGAAGUUGGUGACGUCUCGGCCCCCGGUGCCCAGGAAGCAGCACUCGGCACCCAACCUACGGCGCCCGCGGCCUCUGCAGAGUCGCCACAGCAUAGCUGGCAUUGGGUGGACUAGCACCCUGGGAGAGGUAACAGACAAGGCCCUGUUCUCCCAGUCCAACAUUGAGAAUGUGGCCACCACGCUGGGGCAGAACCCAGGCAGCGGCCCGUCUCCCAAACCCAGCCACCCGGCGCCGGAGAAGGACGCGGGACUACGCUCCUCUCAGAGCUACAUGAGCACCACCACCAGCUUCCGUGCCAAGGUGUCCCGCUCUGGCAAUCCGGCAGAGGCCCCCGGCAGGACCCCCCUAACGGAGGAGCCCAUCCCGCCAGCCAAAGCCUCGGGCCCCAGGGCUCCCUCCUUCCAGGACCUGAGUGUGGAGCACGGGGACUUUAAGGAGAACCUGCCCCCUACCUCUCUUCCUCCUCCUCUUGCAUCCUCUUUGACCAUCGCUGCCUUCACCUCUGAGACCGGGUCAGCCAGCCUCCCCUCCACGCCGAUGGCCUCCACCGGAACAUCGUCCUCUUUGGGCCAGUUGCCUGGCAACCACAGCGCCCGGGCAGCACUCCGGUUGGACCUGUCGGGCUCCGACUGCUGCCCCUCCCUGGGCCGCCCGUCUCCCGCCGCUUCCAUGAAGAGCCGGCGGCGGAUGGCUCCGGAGGGCGCGCCGCGGCAGUCUGCGCUGGUCACGCCGACCGAGAUGCGGUCACUGGGACAGGAGGGCAGGAAGCGCAUCAGCAACAUCGAGGAUGGCAUGACCCCCCGUGGUGCCCUCGGCUCCAGAGCCUCCACCACUCUCCCCUCUGCCACCUGUCGCUCCCCAGAGCCCUCUCAGGCCAGAGCUGCCGAGAGGCACCCAAGACCAGACCCCCAGGCCCAGCUGCAGCAGCAGGCCAUCUCCCGGCCCUCCGGUCCAGCAGCAUCUCCCACUGUGGAUAACCUGUCUUUCCAGGACUGCCCAGCAUUGUGCUCCAGUCCAGUGGACUCCGCUGAUUCAGUGGAGUCUGUGAACUUGCAGACGUGCAACCAGAUAGUGAACGAGCUGAGACACACCAUGAAGAGAGCUGUGAGUCUGUACAGCAAGCUCUGUUCCCACAACGAGCUUCCUGACCAGCAGGCCCAGAUGCUGUCUGUUCUCCAGGACGCCUUUGCUGGGGUGCGGCGCGAGCUGGACUCGGUCUUCACCCCCUCGUCUCCUCCUCUACCUCCGCUCCCGGAGGACUCCCCCGGUCGCCAGCUGAGGGACCAGCGUGCCGUGGCUCUGCUCGAGCGCUACUCCGAGCUGCUGCUCCAGAUGGCCGAGAAGAAAAUGGACGCCAACUGAACUCCUAUACUACCUGUCCCAGUUUCACAUAUUCCCUCCCAUUACCGUCUGACAUAAUUGAGCUUCAAACCGCACUCGCCUUUCGCAUUUUCAUUGUGUUGGAGAGUAUAGGAGGCGAACACAUCUGGGACUUCUUUUUUACUGUGAACACUUUACAGCCACCAGCCACCUUUUACUAUUUGUUUUAUGUACCUUUUUAAAAACACAUUGUUGACUGAACGUGAAGAUUUGUGUAAUUUUUGUAUGUCCAUUUGUGGCCAAGGUAAAAAAAAGGUACUCUUUAUACACCAAAUUUUACAAUUUUAGCAUAAUGGUCCUGCCAUAUUUCACCUUUUUUAUAGUUGAUUUUUACACUUAAGGAAUGCAAGUUUGAAUCAGCUGAUGCAACAUACAUCAAUCACAGGAAAGCCAAAGUCCUUUUUAUGUUAAAUAAGUGUAGCUGAAGCGGAGAGGAUUUGUUUUCCAAUCAAUGCUGGUCAGCAUGUUUUGUCCCAUCAUAUGUACUGUUUCUACUUUCGAUCAAAUGGUUAGUUACCCAAAGUUUGUUAGGACCUUAGAAAGGCCUUGUUUUUCCUUGCAUUUCUCCCAAUCGUCUGGUAUAUUUAAUAGACAUCAUAUCAAAGUACCUUAGGUACCAAAGUACCGCGAUUUGGUCACAGGGCAUGCUGAUGCACAGAAAUUGCGAAAUUUUGACUUUAACUCUGGACUUUAAGUGUUUUGUUUUCUUUGUUAAAACUAUAGUAUUAUGUCACAUGCCAAUGUUCAUUUUCGCCUGUAAAAUUAAUGGUGGAUGUGCAAUCCUCUGAUAUAUUUGUUUGUCACCUUUUGUUUGUUUUCAUCUGUAAAAAUGCUAUGUAAAUAUGUUCUGUAAUAUUUAGACCCUUCUUUCAUUACAUUUUAAAAUGUGUUUUAAUCUGAUAAUAAAUUUUCAUACCUUUCUAAAGAAAA